GUUGAACUAUGGUUUGCACGUCAGUUAGAGAGUCCGCAGCCUGGAACCGAAGAAACGUCGAUGCGGAGUCGACUUGAGGCAGUUGUUAAUCGCGGAGUUCAGCUGAACAGCUGCUGGUGAGCUGGAUGCCGCUGGUGCUGGACUGCUGGCGGCUGGCCACGGGCUUUAGAAUGACUGCAGUCAUCCGAGGGUGAGGUACGCUGUCGGACUCCUCCCAUGAAGUUCAACGAUGAUCUCCUCUCACGUUUGGGGAAACUCUUCUUGUCACCCAAUGCCAUUCUCUCAUAUAAUGAAUGCAGCCCCAACUACCACGAUAAAGCUCCUGCUCGUCUUUCUAACUUUGAUAUCCAUUGCCUGGGGCAGCGACUCUCUUGACGUGAUGACAGAAGAUUGUCCCAAUCGUUCUACCAUAUCGGCGAACCCGCCAGAAGAAAACGAGGAUCCACGGCCGCUCAUCGUCUCAGCGUUAGAGUCAACAUCUUUCGAACCUUCCCUCACGCCUAACAGAUCAACAAGAGACCAUGCAGUCGAAGAACUCUCCUCUGCCUCAAGCGGGUCCGUGGAAAUUGCUUCACCGCAAGAAAGCACGUCUCUUGGGUAUCUUGUUCCUAACGCAUCUGCAGAAUCUUCUAUGUUGUACCGCAAUGUGCCGAGUGAGGCAACGAAUCGUGUGAGGAUGAUGAUAGAGGCGCUCGUUGAAGUGCUUAACCGUACGAGGCUCUACUUGCUUCAGUGCAUCGUGCAGGAUGUCCACAUGGGUAACAAGCUCAUGGCUGCAUUGAGCUCACACGGCCUGCCAGCUACGCUGUAUGUAACGUCAUCAGCUAAUAACCCCUCGUGGUUACCUGCUAUCUUGCACAACUACGACCCUUACUUCAGCCCAUCUGAGUUGGUGGUGUGGGGUGACCUCAAAUAUCUCACAGAAUUCGUUAAAAAGUCGCACGACCUGUUCUAUAAUGGAAUCAUAAGCAUAUCGCGUGUGAAAUUCCUGUGGGUUUUGCACCCGAGCGAAGAGCUGACCGAAGCUGGAGAGUCAGAAGUGAUACGUAAACUGGAGCCUGAAUUAUUUUUCGCCUCGCAAGGGCUGGUCUUACUCAUGAGUCAAAGUCUAAACGACAGCGCCAACGCGUCCCAGGUUCUGGUGCUGAGAGUUUUCUCCUCCGUCCCUGAGGGCGUGACGCUACAAGCCGCAGCGCAUGUACACAACUUUUAUAACGACUCCAAAGUUCAGGUGGAAGAACUGGAGCCUUUCUGGCCGACGGUACCGCGCAAUUUCAUGGGUUCUCUAGUUGUCGUUACGUGCUUGGAUAAGCCUGGCUGUUUUGAACUGGAAAAGGAUGUAUCCAAAUCCACUUUAGAGACCGCGAGAGGCUUUUGUGCCGAGGUUGCUCGUGCUAUCGCAAAAUUCAUGAAUUUUACAACGGUCCUACGCCCCACCGACGGCUUCGGUUCCCAGCUGAAAAAUGGCUCCUGGAAUGGCAUGGUCGGCCUAAUCAACAGAAAAGAGGCAGAAAUAGGACCUCUAGACUUCUCGCCUUCUUGGGAUCGUCGAGUUGCCAUUGAUUUUGCCGAGUAUCUGGGGUCAGAGGGACUUGUGAUGGUAUCAAACUCAGCCAGGCUCGUCAAACAACCUUAUCUGCUCCUGAAAAUCUUCAGCCCCGAGGUUCUGGUCGGCAUCUUCUUAAUUAAUCUUUUGGCCACUGGAGUCAUCCUACUCAUCACGCUCCGUCACUACAGAAAGCCAAUCAAUUUCGAGUCCCUUACGUUCAUUGUCGAGAGCCUUCGGUUUACCUUCAGUCAAAUUUCACCUAAAGACCCAAAGCUGACCAGCGUCCGUGUGCUGACCAUCCCAGUGGUGCUCGUGGUGCUCGUCGUCACGGCCACCUACAAUGGAGCGAUCACUUCCUAUCUGGCCUUACCGCUAUGGUCUAAAACCAUCGACACGGGCGUAGAUCUCGCAAACUCGCCCACCAUUCCUUUCGCCCGCCCCAGCACUUACACCUACCCUUUCUUUAUGAUGCAAGAUAAACCACCUCUGAGUCAAAUUAGGGAUAAGCUACGAAUGGUCGAUGAUUCUAAAGUGGAUGAAGAAUUCUUCGAAAAGGUUUCUGAAGGGAAGUACGCCCUUAUAGAUACCUACUCGUCUGCAGUCGGUCGGUCCAACCUAUACGAGAAGCGCAACCACGUUUGUCGUUUCUACGUCGGUUACGAGGAGUACGCGACUCGCCUCGACUCCUUCGGCUUGCAGCGCAACAGUCGCCUUACCUACCAUGUGGACAUCAUAAUACAGCGCCUACGCAGCUUCGGCAUCACGAGUUACUUGCGAAGGAUCGCGUAUAAAGUUCCGUGCGAUCUGCACCCCAGCCUCAGCGAGCUCGCCCCGCUCAAUCUAUCCCAGUACGAGGGCCUGAUGUACGUGUUCUGCAUCGCUUUGGGCGCCAGCUUCGUCGUUUUCCUCUUGGAGCUCACGCUGCACAAGUUCAGAACCCCCACGCUGACGCCCGUAACCGUGCUGCAAGUUAACCAUCAGGAUUACGGUGGUGCUUAGAAAUGUUCAUCUUUUCCCACGCGCACGCCCGUAACCGUGUUGCAAGUUAACCAUCAGGAUUACGGUGGUGCUUAGAAAUGUUCAUCUUUUCCCACGCGCAUGCCCGUAAGUUCGUAACCGUG